CAGAGCUGCCAUGGCAGCCAGCAUGUCCCACUGGCACAGCUACCUUGGGGUGAUUGUGUCCUGCGAGAGGCAGUGGCUGGAGCAUUUCCAGCAGGCUGAGGACAUUCUGCUGACCCUGCUGGAAGAUGUCCACACCAGGGAGCCCCGCUCCUUUGAGGAUGCUGUCACUCUGGAGGUCCCCCUGCGGAUUGAUGGCGAUGCCCUGCAGGUGCUGUCAUGCUGGCCUGGGGACACCCCAGCUGGGCACUGUCUGGGGCUGGGCACCUGCUGUCUGGAAGUGCCCUCUCCAUGGACUGACAUGGAGGACUGGACCAGCGCCAUGGGUGUGAUGGAGCGGGGAGGUGGUGCGGCGUGCCUGGUUCCAGGCAAAGUCCUCCAGCACCUGAAAAAGCUCCUUGUUUCAGCCAUCGUGCACUGCCAACGCUGCUUCCUCCUUCAGCCAGGUGACCUUGGUGCCGAAAAUCUGCGGGAAGAUGCUAUGGAGAUCUCCCUGCUGAUCUGUGGUGGCUGGAAGACCAUCUGCUUUGACAUCAUCCCUGUGGUGAGGAGGCAGCAGGAUCUGCUCCAGUUCAAGGGGGGUCAGAGCGAUAGGGGCUUCCCUAAAGGCAGCCUCUGUACGGCCACAGAAGAGGCCCACUUUAUCCCUGCCUCUCCCCACUGCUGGAGUUCCUCUACUCACCUCCCCAUCCUGAAGCUGCUCCAGGCAGUGGACACACUGAAUGGAACCUGUCUGGACAGCCUUUGCCUUCUCGACCACAUCCACAGCCAGGACUGGGGAGAGGAGGGUGGGAAAGGUGGUCUCACCUUCAACCACCUGAAGAUGGUGCUGCUGUGGAGCACAGAGAUCUUCCCAUCCCCAGAGGACUGGCAGGACCUGGAGGACUCUGUUUGCAGGCUCUUGGUGAUCCUUCUCCGCUGCCUGGCCACCCAGUACCUGCCCCACUUCCUGCACCCAGAGGAGAACUUCCAAGGAGAGCCCUCAGCCCUCACCUCCCUCUACUCCAAGGUGGAGAGCUUCGCCUGGGACCCCUGAUGCUUCCUCCACUUCCGUUUUGGCCUCUCUGCAUGCACUGACAGCUGGCAGGCAGACCCUGGCACCUGAACCCUCCUGCAGCUCCCCACCGAGGACAGGUCCUACUGGAACACAGCCUACUUUGACAUCCUACUCAGCCAGUUCCAGGUGUACCAGAUCUAGGAUGGUGCACACCACUCAGCAAUGUCCCAACUCCUCUCCAAGAUCCAGCAAGAAAUCCCCCAGCAGAGCUGA